CCAGCCCUACGAGGGGGACCUCUGCCGGCUCCACUGGAAGACGAAGGGGGCGUCUCCUCAGCUUCUGCGGCGUCUGUGGCUCGCUGAGGUGGAGGCAAGCUGUGGCAGCGACGGCGGCAGGGGCGGCGGCGCCAUGGCGGGGCUCUCAGGAUCCCUGCUGUCUUGGUGAUCCCAGGCUGACAGCCAGAGAGCACAGCGGCUCAGCUCCUGGAGAGAGGGUUGAAGAAAGCAGAGGGCAGCCACCUCCGCCCACUGGCUCCCAUUAGGUCGGUUCCUGCAGCGGUACCUGGCAGCCUUGGUGAAGGCCCUGCCCGGCAGAGAUCAUGUAUUGCCUCCAGUGGCUGCUGCCCGUCCUCCUCAUCCCCAAGCCCCUCAACCCUGCCCUGUGGUUCAGCCACUCCAUGUUCAUGGGCUUCUACCUGCUCAGCUUUCUUCUGGAACGGAAGCCUUGCACAAUCUGUGCUUUGGUUUUCCUGGCAGCCCUGUUUCUCAUCUGUUAUAGCUGCUGGGGCAACUGUUUCCUGUACCACUGCACUGAUUCCCCACUUCCGGAUUCAGCACACGACCCUGGUGUUGUAGGCACCUAACAGCCGUCAUGUUAGCUUUCCAAGGAAGCAGAAGACGGGAGGGGAGGCAUUGACAUAGGUCAUAAAGCAUUGGAGUUUCAAAUCCCGCAGCCCUGCGGUAGUAUCACAUUCCUGAUGGCGCCUUUUUGGCCUGUGAUGUUUUAUCCUUAUAAUGUGAAUAACGGCACUGACCGGUGCUUUUAUCGUAGAGUCCUGUAGUUGUGGGUGGUCUUGUGGUUGUGUGUGUUCUGUCCCCACCUGGGUCCUGGCUGACAGGAUGGCCACCCCUUGCCUCAUUACCGCGAGGAAUCCAUACCCAUCCUGGUCAACCAUCCUGACUUGGCCUGGGCAGAUAAAAUGCCAGUCUCAUUGUCACCUCUGUGAUCCCUUCUUGUCGAAAUCUCCCUCCUUCCCAGAAUGUUACUGACUUCUCUGUCCCUUUCCUGGUUUCCCUUUAGUUCUCUUCUAUUCCUUUCCUUUUUUGGGGAGCUCCUGUCCAUGGCAGAGCUCAUUUUUGCACUUAUCUCGAAUUUGAAGAGAUUGCUGACGCCCGAGAGCCUCGCUUUUUCAUCCUUCUUUCCCUGUUCAGCAGGCUAGAUAGAUAGAUAUAUGUGUUGAUUGUUCGUUGUCCAUAAACCUCCAGUAUUUUCUCCAUUUCAUUUUUAAAAGAAGCAACAGAUAAGUGUUGCUCUUUUACCUGGGUGUCUGGGCUUGUGCUUUCAGCCCAGCCUCGCUUCCUGUACUGUUCCUCCUGCCUUUCUCAGCCUUCCCGAGAGGGGGGCCUCCUUGUAUUUCCUGUGCAUGCUUUGCAAGAUGGAGAUAUGAUAUAUUCAUGUAGACCUAGCAGUCCCCAGCUGAAUGAAUGGAAAAGUAUUUGAGUGAGUCAUAGUAGCCACAAUCCCCUUGAUAGGUGUUUGGAUAUUUUUUGAUGUGCCCUGUGUGCGUGCGAGUGUGUGUGUGUGUGUGUGUGUGUGUGUGUGUGUGUGUGUGUGUAAAUACAUGUGUAUAUUCAUUUUAAAGAAGCUUUACAGAAUGUGUUCUGAUUUUGAGGUUUAGCAGUAGCUAGCUAUAGUAGGUGCCACUGCAGUUUUUAUUUAGCAUGGGGAUUGCAGAGUGACCAGCACAGUGGACUCCACGGUGGUUCAUAAAAGACACAGGGGAGCAAUGACCAUCGUCCUCCCGCCAGGAGCUUCUUUGUUCCUGUGCAGGUAGACUGUACCUUGCGAAGAAUACACAGGAAGACUUUGUGACUGUCACUUGCUUUUUUUUCCUCUGCGCUUCAGUAACAAGUAUUGGCAAACAAGACUUUCUUCUGGCCCCUACCCACUGGGGAUCAGCAUGAUUGUCCUUCCAGUCGGAACCAUCGCUCUCUUGCCUGAGGAUGGAGGGAGGUGGGCCAGGCAGAGGACAGAAUUGGAGGCAGUCCAUCUAGGGAAUGAAACUGCAAGGCCACACUUGUGAAAUAUUUGGACUGCUGUUCUAGAGCUUUUAUUUCUGGUGUGUUCAUUGCACAGCUGUUUGAAAUGUUUAAUAAAGCUUUAUAAACUUUA